CCUCGGUGACGGACGGUCACAAGUCAACAACUUGUAUUAUAACCCCUAAAAUAAAUCAAAAUGCCUCUUGACUAUCGUAGAUUUAACGGCCCAGAAGACAGUGUAUCCUACAAACGUUUCACAAAAGACUAUUUCAAAACCUACAACCAGCUGCACAAGGAUUUAAUAAACGAAAAAGGGUCACGGAAAGAUGGGCGCGCUCUAUCCGAAGCCCGAAGCAUGUGUAUGUUUUUUGCGAGGACAGACAUGGUAUCACAAGCAAAGGGGUCGGCAUAUGUAGAAUUAAAGAAAACUAAAGUUGUAUGUUCUGUUUUUGAUCCAAGAGAAAUACCCCACCAGAACGAGUUCAGCCAACUGGGACAAUUGUACUGUGAAGUCAAGUUUGCUCCAUUUUCGUGUCCCCGUGAACGCCGACCACACGCGCCAGACACUGAAGAGAAGGCAUUAUCCGUAGCUCUGAGACAGGCAUUGGAGCCAGCGGUCUGCAGGCAUUUGUUUCCUAAUUACCAGAUUGAUGUCUUUGUCUACAUUUUGGAACAUGAUGGAGCUUGCCUAGCUGCAGCUAUCAAUGCAGCAGGCCUAGCUUUAGGAGACGCUGCAGUCCCCAUGUACGAUAUAAUCACUGCUUGCUCCUUAGCUGUCAUCGGCGACAAGACAUUCAUAGAUCCCACCGAGGCUGAAGAGCAUGUAGCUAUAAUGAGCCCAGGAAACAACACUAACCAUGGAACGGUGACCAUGUCUAUGUUAUCGGGAUUGAAACAAAUAUCGGACUUUAGAUUGACAGGCUCAAUGGAUGUUGAAUGUACAACAAAUGCUAUGGAGAUUUUAGAAAAAGAGUGUGAUCGAAUUGUUCCAAAUAUACAGAAGGUUCUUGUUGUAAAUGUUGUGAACCGUUUGAAACAACAGGCAGUUUUAAAAGAGGAAGCUAAGAAGAGGGAAGAAUCAUUGAAUGUGAAGAUGGAGGAAUGGAAAUCAUUAUUAAAUGCUGGAUGAAGUUUA